CAUUGAUGAAACAGUGUCGGUGAGGCGAGUUAAACGGAAGGGUACCCCGGUGGAGGGCAUUACAUGUAACUUCAAAUUAAUAAACUCCUCAAAAGUUUGUCAUCAUCUGAUCGGAAAUGUUUUCACUUUCAACUUCCCUACAGCCGCAGGUAACAGUCCAACUGAGUCACCUCAUCAAUGCCCUGCAAUCUCUGAAGGGUUCAUUGUGCAGCAGUACUUCAGUCAAUCACAGAGACAACACGCCAGAACCAGAUCUGAACCACACAGAGCCGUUAUGGAGCCUCGGGGACUUGAGUCUGACAGAUCUAGGAGUGGCUCAGUUGGAUGAGCUGGUGUACAGGCUUCUGCCCUGCGUUACUCAGCAGGAGUCGCCCUCACCACUGAAGACUGUGCCAAACAUCUGGAGGACUUCCCACCUCUCCUCAAACUCCUUCUUUCACAACAAACAUGGGUUUUCAAGGAUGGGUGGAGUUACUCAUCUGUUCUCUAGACGGAACAAGUCGCCUCUCCAAAUACUAUGUACAGAUCUCAAAUAUUUGCCAUUUUUGGUCCCAAAGCGAGGCUUUAAAACUCUGAAGUCCAAAACGCGCCGUCUCCAGGGCGGCUAUGAAAGUUCAGUGGAGCCUGAGGGAUUCGCACCAUCCUUUAUGAAGGGCUUACUCACACGAGACAAAGGGACAGAGGUUGAAACUUUGGACAAGAUUCUUAAAAACAGGAACAUUCCUGACGGUCAACAUGAAGCUUUUAAGACUGGUUUUGCAGAAGGCUUUCUCAAAGCGCAGGCCCUAACACAGAGAACCCAAGAAUCGUUAAGAAGGACACGACUGAUUCUGUUGGUGCUUUUGCUGGUAGGCCUUUAUGGACUCUCAAAAACACCUUUCUUAUCAGUGCGAUUCCGAACCACAUCAGGCCUGGACUCGGCAGUGGAUCCUGUCCAGAUGAAGAAUGUCACCUUCGAGCAUGUGAAGGGUGCGGAGGAGGCCAAGAACGAGUUGCAGGAGGUGGUGGAGUUUCUCCGCAACCCACAGAAGUUCACUGCUUUGGGAGGAAAACUGCCUAAAGGAAUUUUGUUGGUUGGGCCUCCAGGUACAGGCAAGACGCUGUUGGCCCGUGCGGUAGCGGGUGAGGCAGAUGUGCCAUUCUACUAUGCAUCUGGCUCUGAGUUUGAUGAGAUGUUUGUUGGGGUCGGUGCCAGUCGAAUCAGAAACCUUUUCAGGGAGGCUAAAGCUAAUGCUCCUUGUGUCAUCUUCAUUGAUGAGCUGGACAGUGUGGGAGGAAAGAGGAUUGAGUCUCCCAUGCACCCCUAUUCUAGACAGACUAUUAAUCAGCUUCUAGCUGAGAUGGAUGGGUUUAAGCCAAAUGAAGGUGUCAUCAUAAUUGGUGCAACAAACUUCCCUGAAGCUUUAGAUACUGCUUUGAUCCGGCCUGGCCGUUUUGAUAUGCAGGUCACCGUCCCCAGACCAGAUGUGAAAGGCCGCACUGAAAUCCUCAAGUGGUACCUCAAGAAAAUAAAAGUAGACACGGCUGUGGAGGCAGAGGUCAUUGCCAGAGGAACAGUGGGGUUCUCUGGUGCCGAGCUCGAAAAUCUUGUUAACCAGGCUGCGCUGAAGGCAGCCGUGGAUGGUAAAGACAUGGUGACCAUGAAGGAGCUGGAGUUUGCUAAAGACAAAAUACUGAUGGGCCCAGAGCGCAGGAGUGCAGAGAUCGAUGAUAAGAAUAAAGAGAUCACAGCAUACCAUGAGUCAGGCCAUGCCAUUAUUGCAUACUACACCAAAGACGCCAUGCCUAUAAAUAAAGCCACCAUAAUGCCGAGAGGCCCUACUUUGGGACAUGUGUCCAUGCUUCCAGAGAAUGACCGCUGGAACGAGACUCGUGCUCAGCUGCUGGCCCAGAUGGACAUCAGUAUGGGUGGCCGAGUGGCAGAGGAACUUAUAUUUGGCAGUGAGAAUAUCACCACUGGAGCAUCAAGUGAUUUUGACAGCGCCACAAAAAUAGCCAAAAUGAUGGUGACCAGAUUUGGCAUGAGUGAAAAGUUGGGUGUCAUGACAUAUGCUGACCUCACCAAGCAGAGUCCAGAAACACAGGCUGCCAUUGAACAAGAAGUCAGGAUACUUCUGAGGGAUUCCUACGAGCGUGCAAAAGCACUCCUGAAGUCUCGUGCUAAAGAGCACAAAAACCUAGCUGAGGCUUUGCUGCGGUACGAGACAUUGGACGCCAAAGAUAUCCAGUUGGUCUUGGAGGGAAAGACGAUAAAAAGCAGAUGAGAGCUCACCAGGACUUUUAUGCAGUGGGGAAGAGGAAUGGAGCCUUGAAAGACAUGAAUGUACAUAUGCAACCAAGAGCUUGGUAGGCCUACACUUUCCAUUGAUAAUUGUAUUGUUUUCUGAACCACUUCUCUGAAAAUAGUUUGUUUUACACACUACAAGCUAUAAAACAAGCUCCUUCAUGGGAUUUUUUUUUCAAAGAGGACAUCGCAAUCUAUUCUUGCUUUAAAUAUUAUUAUUCUGCAUCUGUUUCAGUGUUUCACUGAACCAUUGACUGUAGGUGCUGCCUUAUUUGUAGUAGAGCAGAGGCCAAUUUUGAAUAAAUCGUAAAGCUGUAAGCAAUGGUCCAGUCUAUUAAUCAGAAACAAAUCACUGUUCACCUUGUUUAAGCCACAAUUUUCUGAGCCAGGUUGAGUAUACUGUAUGUUUCAUGGUGGCCUUUGAGAAAUGUAAGGAAAUGUAUUUUUCACUGAGGGACUGUGGAAUGUUUCAAUGCACUCUGUUCCUGGAAUAUUAAUGAUUGUUAAUUGCACAUCAUAUUAUCUGCUUGUAAACAAUGCUGCUUCAGAUUUCCUUUAGUCACAUGAAACAAUCAGAUCUCAACCCUAGUAUAUUAUCAGAUAAACAAUGUAUCAUUCUGAAGAUGUCUCCCAGUUUGGACUCCCAAUGACCAAAUAACUCAUUCUGUAAUUUGUGCUCUAUUUCUGCACCUUCAGUCUCAUGACCUAAACAGGAAUGUUUAUACACCUGGAUUGUAAUACGAAUCAUGUUAGAUUCACGUUAUAAAUCCUGUUUCCUAGACGGAGAUUAUGCGUGCUCCCAUGUUGAAGUGUUGUAGUGUAAAGUCCUCAACUAGUUAGUCCAAGGCUUGAGCUCUGUGCUUGGACCCCGCUUUAAAAGCAGUUAUAAUUAAUUGUACAUAACAGCGCUCAUUUGAAUGAGUAUCUGGAAAAUUAAGUCAAAUGAGGCAGUUUGGAUUAAAUGCUUCCUUUUUUUCCAUCUAUUCAAACUUACUGUUACAAAAGUAACACAGAAAAAUUACUUCACACAGUGGAAAAUGUUUUUCCAAAACAUGCACAUGCAUCUUUCUAAACCCUCUGUUAGGUUUACAUCCCAAUUGGUUUUAUUCAGCUUUAUUCAACGUAUAUAUUCAUGUACAGCAGCUCUACAUCUGUGAGUGUACUUAGCCUCAUGUAUGUUUGCCUUUUACCCAAGCUCGUUUUAGGUGUGUAUAUACAGUAUAUAUUUAUAAUCAAUAAACUUAAACAAGGACACUGUAUAUAGAUGUGCAUAGAUUGAAUUUAGUCUUAGAGUUUUGCCUGGUUUGUAACUUGAAAUGCUUUUUCUUUUGAUGCUGUUGCACAUUUAAUAGUGAAUGGGUUGAAAUGAGCUGAAGUGAAUAAAAAACAUCUAAAUGUAUACCUCA